AAGCGGGCCACAGAGCGAGGGGCGGAGCCAAGCGAGGGGAAAAGGCACGAAGUGGAGGCGGCCCGGCCGGGAUGCUCCUGGGCGGCGCCCGGAGACCAUGGCCUUGCGGAGGCCGGCGCAGGAGAACGGCGGGCGAGACUGCGAUUCGAAGAAGAAAAGGAAAGAAGCCGAGAUCUAUCAGGCCCUGAACAGCGAUCCUGUGGAUGUUGCUGCCCUCAGGCGCAUGGCCAUCAGUGAAGGGGGGCUCCUGAUGGAUGAGAUUCGCUGCAGAGUCUGGCCAAAGCUGCUUAAUGUGAACACGGAGGACCUGCCACCUCCACCAGGGGAGGAACUUCGGCAGAACAGUAAAGAUUACCAGCAGGUGUUGUUGGACGUGAGGCGUUCCCUCCGUCGGUUUCCUCCAGGGAUGCCGGACGAGCAGAGAGAGGGGCUGCAGGAGGAGCUGAUCGACAGCAUCUUGCAAGUCCUGCACCGCAACCCGCAGCUGCACUACUACCAAGGCUACCACGACAUCGUGGUCACAUUUCUGCUCGUAGUUGGGGAGAGGCUGGCAACCGCCCUCGUGGAAAAGCUUUCGACCCAUCACCUCAGGGAUUUCAUGGACCCAACUAUGGACAACACCAAGCACAUCCUAAACUACCUGAUGCCCAUUAUAGACCAGGUGAAUCCAGAAUUGCACGACUUCAUGGAGAGUGCCGAAGUGGGGACCAUCUUUGCUCUCAGCUGGCUGAUCACGUGGUUUGGACACGUCCUCUCCGAUUUCAGACACGUGGUGCGGUUGUACGAUUUCUUCCUUGCGUGCCACCCGCUGAUGCCCAUCUACUUCGCUGCCGUGAUCGUGCUCCACCGGGCACAGGAAGUCCUGGCCUGCGAGUGUGACAUGGCUUCCGUCCACCACUUGUUGUCGCAGAUCCCCCAGGACCUUCCCUACGAGACACUGAUCAGCCGUGCUGGUGACCUCUUCGUUCAGUUCCCCCCGUCUGAACUCGCCCGGGAGGCUGCUCAGCAGCAGGCAGAAAGAACGGCUGCUUCGACCUUCAAAGACUUCGAGCUGGCUUCCGCCCAGCAGCGGCCUGACACGGUGCUCCGGCAGCGCUUCCGGGACCGGCUCCGUGUGGAGGAGCGGGCCAAGUCCCUGCUGGCGACAAAGCCGAGGACCAACCGCUUUGUCAAGCUGGCGGUGAUGGGGCUCACGGUGGCCUUGGGUGCCGCGGCCUUGGCAGUGGUGAAGAGCGCGCUCGAGUGGGCGCCCAAAUUCGAGCUGCAGAUAUUUCCCUGACGGCCAAGCGGGACGUCUCGUCUCCCCGCUGUCGUGUCCUGCUUGGUGGAGGAGGAAUGGCCCCUGUGUGCCUGCUGGAGGCCAGCUGGGCUGUCCAGCGUCCGCUCUCCUUCCUGCCCCACAGCCCUGGCCCUGCUGAGGUGCGGCUUGAUGGCCCUGAGUGCCCGCAGCCACUCUGCUUCCCUUCUGCGCACGCAGGACCCCUCAGAAGUCUCUUCCUUUGGGAAAGUGUGAGAUGCUUGCCGUGUGCUACUAAAGAACCUCAACUUUGUGUGCUUCCUGCCCAGCUGGAGGGCUCCCAAUUCAGGAGAGACUCGGCAGGCGGCCCUCCAUGAAGGUCCCUCCUCACCUCGGCUGCUGGGUCAGAUGGGAGAGGAAGAAACGAAUAUUUUCAGGGAAAGUGUAGUUACUUCUGCAAUAUUGACAGAAAUCAAGGGGUAGGAGAGGUGCCCGGCCUGCAUUCUCGGAGGUGCUCUCCUGCCCUUCCCUCCGCACAGCUCUUUGGUUGCCUGCAUUUCCAGAUCUUGAAGUGGGUGGGCAGUUUCCAGGACCCGACGGGACUCCUGCUUGCUUCUGCUGCUGAGGGCUGCAGCUCGACUCAUGCUGUCACCUCUCCAGGCUGGUGGCCGUUCAGCAGAAAUUCGGAGCACAUGACUCUCUUCGGUUCUGGAGAGCGUGUGGCUGUCACCCAGCCACUCUCCAAGGAACUCUUGGCCAGGACUGGACAGAGAAGGCUGUACCUGGUGUAUGAGUUUUUUGUACCUACAAACAACCCUUAAAAAUCAGUAACAGCCACUUGGGUUAAAAGGGAGCAGGGGGGAGUUUCCUGUUGUGAAAUCUAACCUGCUGAAAAGUGGCUCUUUGGAAUACUCUGCCCACUAACAGAGAAUGGACUUUGCAUGGUCCCACAUGAAGGAUUCUCCAGGAUCUCCUGACCAAACCCAAAGUCCUCCGCACUCCAUAGAUAAGCCGCCAUACACCUCUACCUCCUCCCUCCGCUUAAGAAAUCCUCUCACAAGUGUCCUUACCUAGCCUACGCCACCGAUCGUCGUUUCUCUCAUGGCAAACGUGCUCGCAGCCAUCUGACCGACAACGGACUCUUCCGCUGGCUGGGAGCUUCGCAGAGGAGGAGCCGGGAAAGUCUCUCCUGGCCGCCAAGCCAAGGGCCGCCUGCUCGGUCAACGGGGCGGGGGCAGGAGCCGGGCUGGGGCUGGGGCUGGGCGCAGCAGCCGCAGCUGUGGGCCCCGGCUUCCAGUGCUGCAGUGGCAGCUGGGAUCCGCACCGCUCCCGCCGUCCCCUCCCGGCUGCCAGGGGUGGGAGACCGUGCCGCUGAGAAGCAGCAGUGUUAGAAGAAGCCCCCCUGCGUGCCCCCCGCCCAGGAUUUGCGAUUGCACAUGUUUCCGUAAAGCACCUGCCCUGCUGAAGCCUGCCUGCACGGGAAAAAAGGGCGAUGAAGGAAUGGAGGCGCCCCUCCCUCGUGCUUGCUGGAACCCCCCUUCUGAUCCGGCUGCCCUUCGGAGUACCGUCUGCUCCCCCUCUGGCUGGAUCGUGCCGGCUAUUCCAAAGGAAUGGUUCAACUCGUGGUGUCUCUUCAGAGCUCUUCUAGUCAGAUGGAGCCACGCGUGUCAACUCGGUUGUGGAGCAGGUCGCCCCCCCCCCCCGCAAGCUGCUUGUUCAGGACCCCCCCCGGCACCCUUGCUGCUGGAGGUGACCCUUGGCUCCCUUGUCGCAGCUGCCGCAGAUCCAUGUGCAGCUUGGGAUCAAUGGUAAGAAAACGGGGGCAGCGGGUCGCCAGCACUCGCCACGAGCAGCAGAGGGCGGGGGAGAAGGGUGGAGUGAGGCGGCCGAGAUCUCCCUGGGCCGGCCUGCAGAAGAGGGGCCUGCAAGGGCCGCCGGAGCUCCCCUGCAGCCGGGUGGGAUGGGCAGGGCGAAAGACGUAACGCAUAUUUUACUAAGCACUUUAUGGAAACCAAGGCUGGAAAGAAGAUCUCGCACGAGGCUAACCGGCCCCUUGCGGGUCUUCUCUUUGCCUUGGGAAGAAAAUGGCUGCCUAGCUGUUGCAGCACCUCGCCUUUUGAGAGGCCUGGAAGCUCUUUCGAAAGAGUGAACUAAGAUGGAUGCAGCCCCUACCUUUCUGCACUUGGGAAGGGAAGGUUAGGACAGGAAGAGCCCCUUCCCUCUUGGGGCAGUCUGGUCCAUUCAAACGGGAGGGGCGCCCUUUUCUCCAUCUGCCACUGUGUGAGAAAACAAGAAGCCCAGUGCUUAGCAGGACCGAAGGAAGUGAGACGUGGAGCACCCUCCUUCAGGGUCCUUCAGGCCAGCUUUGCCACCAGCAGACCCGAGGGGCCCGCGAGGGUUGCAUGCUCUCCUGUCUCAAUCAGCAAAGCCCUGCAGGUAGAAAAGGAGCCCUUGAGAGGAAGGAUUGCCUUUUCCUCCAUGUUUUCCUCGACUGACUGCAGAGAGGGCCACACCAUCCGUUUUAUUUCGCUGACUCUAUAAAGCAACCCUUACUGACUCGGAGGGAAAAGCAGCCGGCUGACUCGGGGAAGGCUGCAAGGUUGCAGAAAGGCCGGGAAAGAGCUGAGUGGAAGGCUGUGGACGGGGUGCCGAGGGGGAGGGAGCCCGCUCAGCUUCACGGCCCUGUCACCAGGGGAGCCCCGGGCAACCCUUGCCUUGCCUUGCCGUUCAUCUUUGCGGGCUGGGGGAUCCAACAGCUCUGUAACGGCCUUCUUUGCUCAUGGCGAGGAGCAGGCGCCUGGCAGCUUUCCCCCAGGUGCGGAUGGUGGGGUGCUGAGCUCCUCAAGUUAUCCUUUGGUGAAGCUGAUGCUCGAUGAUCCCAUUUGUGCCGCCACAAACGGUGUAAUUGGGGCUUUCCUGAGCUGCCUUUUGGGUGGGCCAAAUGUGGCAGGCUUGGGUGCAGCCUGGUGAUAAGCAGCACCGCUCUGUAUUGCAAAGGGAGCCUUGCAGCGUCGGGAGGGAGGAGAAAAACGGGCUUCUAGCAGAAAGAGCAGCUGCCGCCAUUCUUAGGAGGAGAGGGCUACAGCGCUGGGAACCCUCUGGUGGAAACGGCUGAGGAGCCGACCGCCACCCCUCCUUUUCCAUCUUCGGUGGGGAAACCAGCUUCCCCUCCCCAUCUGCAUAAGACUUCCUCAGUGGCUUAGCCACUCUGUAUAAAGAUUAUACAUAUGUCUGUAAAGUGCACAUUUGUACAGGGCCUGUAAUUGUGUAAAAAAAUAAAUCCUCUAUCCACUUACUAAAA